CUCUUCAGUUCCUUCCGCGCCGCUUCUAGACUGUUUCCGCCCUGCUCCUUUGUGCCGCGCAGAACGUCGAGAUGACGCAUGCGCAAAAAAAUCCCGGCCGCCGCAUAUAUAAGUGCGGACGCGGGUUCUUCCUCGUAGUGCCGCCGGGACCGUUGGCAAGCGAGUGAGUGUGACAGCUUUCGUGUUACGCGAGCCCUGGGCGCUGCAAGCUAAAGAGCAGAGCACGCGGGCCGGUCAUCAUGUCGCGCUACGGGCGGUACGGAGGAGAAACCAAGGUCUAUGUUGGUAACCUGGGCACUGGUGCUGGCAAAGGAGAGUUAGAAAGGGCUUUCAGUUAUUAUGGUCCUUUAAGAACUGUAUGGAUUGCGAGAAAUCCUCCAGGAUUUGCCUUUGUGGAAUUUGAAGAUCCUAGAGAUGCAGAAGAUGCAGUACGAGGACUGGAUGGGAAGGUGAUUUGUGGUUCCCGAGUGAGGGUUGAACUAUCAACAGGCAUGCCUCGGAGAUCACGUUUUGAUAGACCACCCGCCCGACGUCCCUUUGAUCCCAAUGAUAGAUGCUAUGAGUGUGGUGAAAAGGGACAUUAUGCUUAUGAUUGUCAUCGCUACAGCCGGCGAAGAAGAAGCAGGUCACGGUCUAGAUCACAUUCUCGAUCCAGAGGAAGGCGAUACUCUCGCUCACGCAGCAGGAGCAGAGGACGGAGGUCAAGAUCAGCAUCUCCUCGACGAUCAAGAUCUGUGUCUCUUCGUAGAUCAAGAUCAGCUUCACUCAGAAGAUCUAGGUCUGGUUCUAUAAAAGGAUCGAGGUAUUUCCAAUCCCGUUCAAGAUCAAGAUCAAGAUCCAGGUCUCUUUCCCGACCAAGAAGCAGCCGAUCAAAGUCCAGAUCUCCAUCUCCAAAAAGAAGUCGUUCCCCGUCAGGAAGUCCUCGCAGAAGUGCAAGUCCUGAAAGAAUGGACUGAAGCUCUCAAGUUCACCCAUUAGGGAAAAGUUAUUUUGUUUACAUUAUUAUAAGGGAUUUGUGAUGUCUGUAAACUGUUACCUAGGAAGGAUAUUUCAACCAUCUAAUCAAAAUAGAUCUGGAUUAUCACUCUGUAAAUUCACAGCAGUAAGAUAAUAUAAAUUUGUUGAAUGUAUUAACAUCCUAUGGUCUGAAAAUGUGGGUUUUUAUUUGGCACAUUUAAAUAAAAUGUUUCUAACUAGA